AUGGUGCUGGCUCUGCUGGAGCAGGCUCUGCUGGAGCAGGCUCUGAAGGAGCAGGCUCUGAAGGAGCAGGCUCUGGUGUUUUCCCUGGCACGGCUGCGAGGAGGAGGUGUGCUGCCUCAUCUGAACCCCCGGGCACGGAGAAACCCCGUUCAUGCUUUAGGUACAAUCACCUUCCAGCUGCCCGAGCUGAACACGUUACAAUCGUCCCUCGUGUACCUUGACCCGCGGCUUCACCCCGCGCCCGGCACCUGCGGGUUUGCCCAGAAUGGCUCGGAGCAGCUCCUUGCCACCGUGCUGCAGCUCAACCUCACGCACGACACCGACUUUGGGGUGUUCUCCUGCUGGGUCAGCAAUGCCACGGCCACCUUCACCCUGCGGCGAGUGGAGGCAGCAGGGCAUGUGCUCGUGGUGCUGGCCUCCCUCCUGGUCCUGCUGCUCCUGGUGCUCCUGGCUGGGCUCUACAUCCGGUGCCGCCUCAGCCUGCUCCUCUGGUACCGGAACCGCUACGGAGAGCUGGAGAUCAACGAUGGGAAGCUCUACGAUGCCUACGUCUCCCACGCCCCUGCCCCAGACGACCGAAAGUUUGUCCACUUCAUCGUGAAGCCGCAGCUGGAGAACCGCUACGGCUAAAAGCUCUUCCUGGAUGAGCAAAACAUCCUGCCCAACUCAGAGCCCUCGGCCGACCUGAUCAUGAACGUGAGCCGGUGCCGGCGGCUGAUCGUGGUCCUCUCCAUCGCCUACCUGGAGCAAGAAUGGUGCAACAGCAGCUUCAGGGAAGGGCUCUGGAGGCUGCUGGAGCUUUCCAAGAAACCCAUCUUCAUCAUCUUUGAGAGCCAGUACCGGGAGAUCACCCACCCAGCCAUCAGCCUGCUGAAGCAGCACCGGAACAUCAUCACCCUGCUGGUGUGGCGAGCGGGCUCCAUGACCCCCUCAUCAGACUUCUGGAAGGAGCUGUGCCUGGCCCUGCCCCGCAAGAUCUCUUUCCAGGGGACCAUGGGGGACCCGCAGACCCAGCUGCAGGAGGACAAGGACCCCAUGCUGAUCCUGCACAGCAACUACCUGGACAGCAGUGGAGACCUCAACCCAGACGGGGACCUCGGCACAGGCCUCCGAGGGUACGUGUUUGGAAGGGGCACAGCCAAAAGCAGUCAGUAG